AUGUUGACCAAGCUUUUGCUGCUCCUUUCCAUCGUUGGAUUUACUAAUGUUGGCGGCGAGUUGAGUGGGAAACCGAGGCACACGUGCUAUGAGACUUGUUUGAACUACUCCAGGGUGGGUUUUGCAUACUUUUGGAGGUCUUUUUUGUCAGAAUGUCCAUUUCUUUACAUCGAAUUUUCAAUUUUUUGAGUUUUCUUUUCAAUUUACAAGGGAAGUGCCCCAAGUGCGACACUCAGAUUUCGAUGAAACUUGGCACAAAUUUAGUAUUUUUUUUUUCUAAAAAAUAUUGAAUCUUAGCACGCGCUUUGCAGAAACAACCGAGAUUUUUUGAUCAAAAGUUGGCGAAAAUUUAACACUUUUUUCCGAAUUUCGGCACGAAAAGUUUCGUGCCUAUUUCUACCAUAGAGGGCAAUGUUUCCAUAAAAAAUCAAUUUUUUCCGCACGAAACUAGAAAAGUUAUCAUCAAAAAGUGUUUUUCUCUCUAACCGCUCUCCGCUUUUAGUGUGCUCUCUCUGCAGCAAAGAUGGUUCAAUAUCUCGGCGGCCCUUGUAAAGCGCGAGCUAAAACUUUCAGGAAUUGAUGAUUAGUUCAUGACCGACGCAUGUGCAAAAUUUAGAGCAAAUCUGAGAGUCGUACUUGGGGUAUUUAGACUAAAAAAAUCUUCGGAUUUUCGAAUUUUGAUUACAAAAAAAAAUUCAAAAUAAGUUUUUAGGCAAUUGGAAAACCAACCCACGAUUGGUGCGCCGAAUAUGCUGAGGACGACCUGUGUGUAAGAUAUCACAUCUUACGGCCAUAUCUCAUCAUAAAUUUUCAGAAAACAGCGGAAUGUUGGACCAUGUGCCGAGACCUUGUAGUACCCCCGAGAUCCGUCGAUUUUUACGCGUACGGGGCGGAUAACUCGACAAGCUUCCUAAAUUCGGAAGAAGAAGAGGAGGACGAUGACUUGUACAUAACGAGGGCGGAUGAAACCAACAGCAAAAUGGAAUGUAGGCAAAUUUAUAUUAUACUGGACAUUAAUGUGCUGCUUUAGUAUUUGAGCUGAAUUCUCGAACUUUGUAUGUGGUAUUGGCAUUCCUGGCGGUUCAGUUGAACGUGUUAGUUCUGCUUAUUGCCUGUGGGGUCCGUCGAUGCGCUCCGGAAGACAUUGCAGUCGAAAUAAUUUGA